AUGACUCCAGCUCGGGGUGGGAAUAAGAGAGUGUUUCUCCUAACCCACCCGAGAACUGCUUCAAAUCUCGUCAUCCGAAUCCUGAACUUAGAGAAUCAGCCAGCCGUCUGUAGUCCGGGUGGGAACACAGAAAGCUCCGACGAACGUGGGUACUUCUUCCUCCCAACCGUGCCACGCCGACUGGAACUCGCCGAUCGGCGCUCUGAAGAUUGGACCGAAGAAGAACACGCAGAUAUGAAGCGUUGUCUUGAAGCUUGUACAGCCGAGCUAGUCCGGCACGUGGAGUCCGCAGAAGCCGAAGGUAGGAGUGUUUGUGUGAAAGAACAUCUCAUGUGGAUGCUGUCGCCUGCAGCAGAGGAUUUGGUUAAAGCGAGGGUAACGACAGAGGACCGUGAUGCGAACAUCCCACAGCAGGAAACAGGGGAAGGACAGAACGAGAGCCUAACAAAGGCACAGAACCAGACAGUCCUCCCUGAUGCUUUCCUGCGCACAUGGACACCAACGUUUUUAAUUCGGCACCCUGCGUUGGUGUUUCCGUCACUUUAUCGAACCUCUGUAGACCUGGAAGGCCCCGAACAAGCCACGAAGAAUGCAGAUGGGAGCUUUCGAAUGGAAAUGACCUGGAGAUGGAGCCGAAAUUUGUGGGAGUGGUUUAACAAGCAACGACUUGACCAAUCCAUGGCUUCUGGGAAGGUUCGAAGGCGCUCUAGGAAUGAUGGGCAGUCCACCUCGUCGUGGCCGAUCAUCCUAGACGCCGACGACGUUAUUCUUCACCCGAGCGUCAUCAGACGAUAUUGCGGGAUUGUCGGGUUGGACCCAGACAAAUGCCAAUUCAAGUGGGAGUCUGCCACUGCUGAAGAGCAGCAAAGAUUAAAUGUCUUCGAAAGAAGGAUGAAGUCGAGCCUGUUGUCCUCGACUGGCUUGAUUAAAGAAGGGAAGACCGCGAUCGGGUUAGACAUCGAGCGCGAAGCACAGAAGUGGAAAGCCGAAUUUGGAGGAGAGGAAGCCAAAAAGCUUCUGUCGUGGGUCAAAGAUGCCAUGCCGGAUUAUGAGUUCUUGAGAGAAAGGCGACUGAGAGAGGGAGAUUGA